AAAACGAGAAAACAGAAGCGUGAUGGCGUUGACUCCAAUGGCCGGGACCACGAGGCACUUUAGUGUGUGUUACCAGCUGGUCAUGAGGAGGCGUCACGCGACCGUGCUCCUGGUGCUCGUGGCAGCGCUGGGGUUGGCGACGGCCCGUGACACUGCAGACGAUGCCAGAAACGCCGAGAGCAACAGGACGUCUCCCCGGGUGUUCGUCAACACGUCUAUCCCCUUCAGCGUGGCGCCUCAGCCGGUCCCGGACACCGCCGAGGUCGCUCUGGCGAAGGAGAGGUUCAUGAAGACCUUCGAGCUGAUCCGAGACGCGAUCGUCGCCGCCGACGCCAGUCACCUCAACCUGGCUAGCCUCGAGAACGAAAUCAGGAACCACAUCGAUCACUUCGAAGACCACGGGGACGACGAUGCGCACGUCCCGGAGCCCGUGAAGACGACGACGACGACGACGACGACGACGACAACGACAACGACGACGGAGCGCCCCGUCCACGAAGAGACCCCCGAGGCACCGACGGAGCCAGAGUUUGACGAUGACCCCGCCUUCCCAGACCCCAUCACGGAGCCGGAGUAUUUCAUGCCGUCGGUGCACGUGGACCCUCUGCUGCUCAGUCAACUGGACAUGAAACUGCCUCUGAAUUCCUACGUGCAAGAAAUGCGGCCCGUCAGCACCAGUCCUAACGGCGGGACGUGCUACGAGAUGAUCCUCCUGGAGCCCGAAAUCCAUCACUUCCGCAUAGGGAAUCCCAACCUCCCGCCCGGAAGCCCCAGUUUCCCGUCCCACAGCAGCCUUCUCGAGUCCCUCGCCAGGCCCAUCCAAGGCCAAACCAGCUCGGGCGCGUCGCUGGUGCCCCCUUCACAGCAGAUAUUCCCCGUCGGGACACCGGCCGUGCCAGACAAUCGGACUGACACCUCCCGAGCGACCAAAACGUCGCGCGCGCACACUCUGCGCUCGGAGGACAUCCCGGACACAGCAUCUGCCGUGUCCUCGGCCUUCCGCGCCGCGCACCCGAACGGCCACCCGGCCAUCCCCUCGCACUUCAAGUCUCCGCAGCUCGUGUUCGGCAGACGCUAGGGCCUCUGUCGCCCGAAGGAGCUUUCGCCCCCUCGCUCUGCCCCUUAACCCCGGAGGAAUCUCUGGUAUUGGCCCGACCCUGGCGACUCUGGCCUUCCGACGACAGACGUACAAGGAAGCGGUGGACCUACACAAUCAAAGAAAUAUACACGUGAACAAUAUGGGUAACAAAACGAGUAUAGAAAUCACUAUACCGAAAGAAAAAAAAAAAAGGCCAAUGUGCAUAUAUUUUAGCAUCAUAAUAGAACUGUUGGGUAGUCUAUAUAAUUCUCCUUGUCCUCAGUAGAACGCAGUGAGAAUAACAGUAAUAAUUUUAAUUUGUAAUAAAAUUAACAAUACGUACCUCGGGUUUUUAGUAUGAAGUUCUAUUAUAUUUUAGUAUAAAUCAUAUAUAAGAUAUCUUACAUCAACAUUUGCAUGGAUUUGCAACCAGGACUUAGUUUUCCAUAGAAAUGUCUCAAUCUUUUCUUUUUUCUUUCAAGUUCUCCUUGCAUGUUGAUUUGUUCCGCAAGUUUGAAAGUCGUUGAUCAAAGCUACGUUUCCUUACCUGAUGCGUUAGAUAUGAUUAUCAUAAUGUAUCUUUACAUAAUGUUACAGCUUGAAUAUCGGUUAGAAUAUCUCAACAUCUCUUGCUAAACAACUAAGUCCAAACGCGUUAUAUCGUUUAGAUUUAAAGAUAUAUAAACAUAAAAAAUACAUAUAUUAUCGAUCAUCACCUGUCAAUAAAAACGAACAAUAAUGCAGGCCGAACUAACUUUUCUCAUAUAAAAAAUACCUUUACCCUUUAAAGAAAUAAACAUUGAAAAGAAAUUGUCACUCAGUCUGACAAAUAUUGAUACAAAAACAAUAACUAGUCACAGUGAAAUCCGUGUCUCGCAUCCAUUUGUGGCUUUCCGUUUUGUAAGUGAAGUUUUCUGUAUGAAGAAUGUGUAUUAUUUAUGUGAGUUCAGUGAAAUACCCCAAGCUCACUAUUUUUGCACCGACUAAAGUGAUGAGUGUAUGUAUAUGUACACACACACACAUAUAUACACAUAUAUGUAUAUAUACAUAUAUACAUACAAACACACACACACACACA